CGCGGGGCCGGGGCGCGGGCGGCAGCACGCACGGCCCCGAGCACGGGCUGCCGGGGCGGGGGGCGGGGGGAGGGUGUGGUUCGGGUGCCCGAGGCGCGGGAGUGGGUGGAGGGCCCGGGAGCACCGGCCUCACCCGCCCGAGCCAACUUGUGCUAGACUCGGGCCCGCCCCUUAAGGGGUUAACCCUUUUCUCAUGUUACCGAGCGGCUUAUAAGGAGGGGGAGGCCAAGCCUCCGCCUUAUUGGGAGCCUUUUGGGGUUUAUUCUCUUCCCUUCUAACUUGAUUAAGAAUGACCCAAAAGAAAGCAAAGCUUUGUUUCAGAGCCAACGUGUAUGCUGAAGUGCCUGAUGGAGGAUGGGGCUGGGCAGUAGCGGUUUCCUUUUUCUUCAUUGAAGUCUUUACCUACGGCAUCAUCAAGUCGUUCGGCGUCUUCUUUAAUGAUUUAAUGGACAGUUUUGAUGAAUCCAAUAGCAGGAUCUCAUGGAUAAUAUCAAUAUGUGUGUUUGUCUUAACAUUUACAGCUCCGCUCGCCACGGUCCUGAGCAAUCGCUUCGGACACCGUCUGGUGGUGAUGCUGGGAGGCGUGCUUGUCAGCUCCGGGAUGGUGGCCGCCUCCUUCGCACGUGGGGUUGGCCACAUGUACGUGACCAUUGGCCUCAUCUCUGGUUUGGGAUGCUGCUUCAGUUUCCUCCCAACUGUGACUAUUCUGUCGCAGUACUUUAGCAAAAGACGCUCUGUGGUCACGGCAGUGGCUUCUACGGGAGAAUGUUUCGCUGUGUUUGCUUUUGCACCAGCCAUCACGGCGCUGAAGGAGAACAUCGGCUGGAGAUACAGCCUCCUCUUUGUGGGCCUGCUACAGCUAAACAUCGUCGUCUUCGGGGCACUGCUGAGACCGAUUAUUAUCAGAGGACCAGGGACGCCGAAAAUAAUCCCCCAAGAAAAUCGGAAAGAAGUGCAAUAUAUGCUUGAAAAUGAAAAAACACGAACCUCAAUAGACUCCAUUGACUCAGGAGUAGAACUAACUACCUCACCUAAAAAUGUGCCUAGUCACGCUAGCACGGAACUGGAGCUGAAGGCUGACAUGCAGCAGGUCCUGAUGAAGGCUAGCUCCAAGCCGAGCGAUAAGAAAGCCCCUUUAUUAGACUUCUCGAUUUUGAAAGAGAAAAGUUUUAUUUGUUAUGCAUUAUUUGGUCUCUUUGCAACACUGGGAUUCUUCGCGCCGUCUUUGUACAUCAUUCCUCUGGGCAUCAGUCUGGGCAUUGACCAGGAACACGCUGCUUUUUUAUUAUCUGCGAUGGCAAUUGCAGAAGUGUUUGGAAGAAUCGCGGCUGGCUUUGUCCUGAACAGAGAGCCCAUCCGUAAGAUUUACAUCGAGCUCAUCUGCGUCAUCUUAUUGACUGUGUCUCUGUUUGCCUUUACGUUUGCUACAGAAUUCUGGGGUCUCAUGUCAUGUAGCGUAUUUUUUGGGUGUAUGGUCGGAACAAUAGGAGGAACCCACAUACCACUGCUUGCUGAAGAUGAUGUCGUGGGAAUUGAGAAGAUGUCUUCUGCAGCUGGGGUCUACGUCUUCAUUCAGAGCAUAGCAGGACUGGCGGGACCACCCCUUGCAGGCUUGUUGGUGGACCAAAGUAAAAUCUACAGCAGGGCCUUCUACUCCUGCGCAGCGGGCAUGUCCGUGGCUGCCGUGUGCCUCGCCCUGGUGAGACCGUGUAAACAGGGACUGUGCCAGCGCCAUCAUCCAGGUGAAACAAAGGCAACGAGCCAUCGCGGGAAGGCAUUACAAGACAUACCUGAAGACUUUCUGGAAAUGGAUCUUGCGAAAAAUGAGCAUAGAGUCCACGUGCAAAUAGAGCCAGUAUGACACACUUUCAUGUAACAACAGCCACUGUGUUGGCUUGGGGGCGGGGGGUAGACCCCGGGGGUUUGGGGGGACAUAGGGAGGUGGGGGAGCUAACCACUCUACUCCACUGUCAAAGCUACAUUUUAAAGGGAAUGUAUACGUGAACAGCGCUACCAAUAUCUUUUUUUUUUUCCUUUAAAGUUUUCCUUUUUGCUUGUUUUUUAAUCCAAAACAAAAACAACCAAACACUCUUCUAUAUAUAAAUCUGGCUCUAUUCUGUAGCAAUAUGAAAGAUAAGUAGAAGGACUGUUUGGUUCACAUUCCAAUAUUAAUUUAGUGACAUGAACUGGAAAAGUGGUUUUAAGAGCACUCACAUGGGAGAGACAAUCUUAUAGAACAACCUCCAGCCCAAAUCAUUGAAAUGAAAUUGGCCAGUCAAAAACAAAAAAAUCUUCAAUCAUUUUAAAAACUUCUGACUUUCAGAAAUAUGAAUAAAAACGUUUUUUAAAAACCCUUUGAAAAAUGCUGAGGUUUUCAUUAAGAAACUAUAGCCUCUGAAUUUUCCUAAUAUUGCAUGAAAAUGAAGUACAGUUUAAGACCAAAUAUUGACUAAUAAACAAAAAUUUUAAAAAUACAUGUAACUUGAACUUCAUAAAUGUGAAGACUACCAUUUCUUUUUAUGGCCAGUCAUUACCAGAAGUGUUUCAAUACAGAAUAUACAAAAUGGCAUUCAAAAAUUCCUGUUGCUUUUAAUUAUUCAGCAAUAUGUGAUUGUAGUGUCUUUAAUUUAAACCACUAUUUAUUAUUAAGUUAUUCUAGGAUGAUUAAAGUAAUCAAAAGAAAAAAAUCUGAGACAUAAGCAGCAUUUUUACCUCCUUUCUGCAAUCCUUUAAAUGCCUCAAAGAAUACCUUUUCUCUUGUAGAGUUACUCUCAUAAAAGGCUAAGUUGUAAUAAUUCUUCAAUUUCAAAAAAGGCAACAUGUGCCAUUUAAAGGGAGAAAAAUAA